CGCAGUGGUCAGUCACAGACGGCGGUUAUCGACAGAGACUGUUGCUGUGAUUGUGUGCGUGUUUGCCAAAAAGUGAAUUGCUUUGAUCAGUUGAACUGCUUUGAUCAGAGUUCAUUCGCUUUGACCAAAGGCUGCCGACUGAGUCCCAACCCACCCCAACCCACCCCAACCCUCUUUAUCGCUGCUCCACCUUUUGUCUCUGACUUCUUUCACUCACUGUCCAUCUUGUGGUGUUGAUAAGACAAUCUGACUUGUGGAUAAGACAAUCUGAUUUGUGGAUAAGACAAUCUGACUUGUGGAUAAGACAAAAACCCUUUUUGGGCUGUGCAUUGAAAUAUAUCCCCUUGCAUCGGGGCCUGACUGUUGAGACUUCUUUAUUACCUGUUGUGUGGAAUCCAAUUGAGAAAAGACACGAGCCAUGCCACGCAAAAGCAAGAAGGCGCAAGCUGCCAAGGUAAGCUGGCAACAGCGUAAAAACAACACAGACUCUGGAAGUGCAGAUAAACCAACAACUGCCAAAGAAUUGAUGGCCAUUGAACCUGAAAACUCUAUGGAGGUAAUGAUGUCUACAUCUCAUGAUCCUGUAACAUGUGUUUUGGCAUCCUACAGUCAAGAUCAUCCAAAGUAUGCCGAUUCCAGAAACAGUCAGUGUGCUGCAAACUCUGCUACAUUUCUAGCUUUCCUGCAGGAGAUAGAGAAUGUGACCAGUGCUCACCUGGACCUUGUUCUCGAUCGAGGCAAUGAGCUCUAUGUGGCUACUGUGGCUGUGCUGAAAGCAGAAGGACGGUACGAACAUCAUCAUUUGGCAACCGAUGAAAUCCCAUCCAUUGUGAACGGCUUGCACAAACAGCAUGUGUUAAUAAAGUAUCAGUCAAUGUAUGGUCUUUUCAAUUCCGCUAUUGCUGAUGUGGCAUUUAUGAUGCUCUGUGACGGACUUCAGUGCCUGGUGUCAGAGGUAAAUUAUGCUCUUUUGGUUAUGAAUUCAUUGUUUAUUGCUGUUUUCCGAAACCACCAAGGCAGAUAUGGCUAUUUUGAUCCACACGCCAGAGAACGUGAUGGGCUCCCUCCGCCCUCCGGUGCACCGCGUGGUACAGCUGUCAUGAUGCUUUUUACAUGUUUGAACGAUCUGAUAGAUAAGCUCAUACAGGUUUUCACUCUGGCUGGUGCAGCUCCCACUACUCAAUAUGAAUUGAUGCCGGUAAGGUUUCAACCUGUUGACGAUGCAAGUGACCGUGAAAUGGCGAUUGAUGCAGAAUCAUCUCUUAUGACAACACACAAUGAUUUGUUAAGCAAGUCUGCUGCUGAGAUGACACAGCGUAUGGUGACGGGUGAGUCCAAACCAUGUGCGAGCAAACCCGAGUCCAUUGAAGGGGUACAUGACAAUAGUGAGGUAUGUACACAGCAAAAACAAACACGAGAUGUGUUGAAAAUUGCAAAAUCCAAAAGGAAAACAUUUCAGAGACGAACUCAAGCCCAAGAAAAGAUAAUUGAUAAUGCUAUGGCGAGACUCACAAAACAAGAAACAAGGCGAAUAAACUCAAACAUGAAAAGUAAGGAAAGAUACUGCCAAACUCCAGAGAUUAGACAACGUAAAAAGUCUUACAUCGUGACCCGCUACCAGCAAGACUCUGAUUUCCGUGUAAAACAAAAGUCGUUCGCAGUCGACCGCUAUCGCAAACAUGACACAAUUAAGAUGAAACAGCGCGCCUACAUCAGUCAGAGGUACAAUCACGAUGAUACAUUUCGGACCAAAAAGUGUUCCUUUAUCAAGGAGAGAUGCUCCCCAUAA